AUGUCAGAAAGUAUCAAUAGUAGCAAUAAUAGUAGUAGCAAAAAAGACGACGCCAAUUCGAAUGCACCGCCUGCAGAUGGAAAAACUGAAAAUCCUCCAGCUGAAAAUCCAUUAGAAACCGGACAAUUUAUCGAUUUAACCAAUGAUUUAUCAACAAAAUCGAUGGAUUAUCAAAAACUAUGUCGAAAUAUUUGGAGAUAUUUGGUGAAUUAUACACCAAACAGUCCGAGGCCUACAUGGAAUUCAACAAUUCUUCUCAAAUUAUUGCAAGAUGUUCGAGAGAAAAUGGAUGGAGAAGUAUUAAUUCCGGAGAUUUCGACAACACAAAAACCAACAAUUGUUUUUGGACCGAUUUUUGGGGAAGGUGAUUCGCUGGUCACUUUGAUGAGUCAAGCUGGAAUGCCACCCGAUGUUAAUUAUGUCAUGUUGGGAUGUUAUACUGGAAAAGGUUUUGGUGAGUUUCACUACUUGGAUAACUAGAUUUUCGAAUUCUCUAGUUUCGUCCCAAAUUUUUUGAUAAGCCCUACCAAACUGAAAUUUGAAAUCUAUAUUUUUCAGCACCACUCGAAUGUAUUUGCCUUUUGCUCAGUAUGAAAAUGUUAUAUCCCACAAAUAUGUAUUUAUUAAAGGGACAUCAUGAAGAAUCGCUGUCCCUUGAAAUGCUCAAACUUGGUAAUUGGCUGCAAUUGCGUGGAAUCGCUCUGAACACUCCCGAACACCAACAAAUCAUCGACGAAAUGAAGAAAUCAUGUUCCGCAUUUUCGCCGGCUGCAUUUUUGGAUUCGCGUAUUUUGUGUAUGGCUGGUGGUCCGGGACCAUUGUUGCGAAAAAAGAAUGGACUGAAGAAAUUGAUGAAAAUGCAGCGAAAAUUGAAAUAUUCGGUGAAGGAGAAGAAUUUAUUGAUGGAAUCGAGUUGGUCGGUGAUGAUAUUGAAUGAGGCACAAAAAGAGAUGCAUGGAAUGCCGUAUUUUACACCGGUAAGUGGAUAUGGCCUAGGAAUUUCGUUCGAUUUUUAGUCCGCCAAAAAUGUCGAAAUUUGGCUCACAUCAAAAUUUCUACAUUUUUUUUUCGAAAAAAAAAUUAAAAAAAUUUCAUUCAAAAUGUAGAAAUUUGCCUCACAUCAAAAUUUCUACAUUUUUUUUUCGAAAAAAAAAAUCAAAAAAAAAUUUCAUUAAAAAUGUAGAAAUUUGCCUCACGUCAAAAUUUCUACAUUUUUUUUCGAAAAAAAAUCAAAAAAAAAAUUAAUUCAGAAUGUAGAAAUUUGGCUCACAUCAAAAUUUCUACAUUUUUUUUCGAAAAAAAAAUCAAAAAAAAAAUUUCAUUAAAAAUGUAGAAAUUUGCCUCACGUCAAAAUUUCUACAUUUUUUUUCGAAAAAAAAAUCAAAAAAAAAUUUCAUUAAAAAUGUAGAAAUUUGCCUCACAUCAAAAUUUCUACAUUUUUUUUCGAAAAAAAAAAAUCAAAAAAAAAAAAAAUUGAUUCAGAAUGUAGAAAUUUGGCUCACAUCAAAAUUUCUACAUUUUUUUUCGAAAAAAAAUUAAAAAAAUUUCAUUCAAAAUGUAGAAAUUUGCCUCACGGUAAAAUUUCUACAUUUUUUUUUCGAAAAAAAAUCAAAAAAAAUUUCAUUCAAAAUGUAGAAAUUUGCCUCACGGUAAAAUUUCUACAUUUUUUUCGAAAAAAAAUUUAAAAAAAUUCAUUCAAAAUGUAGAAAUUUGGCUCACAUCAAAAUUUCUACAUUUUUUUUCGAAAAAAAAAAUCAAAAAAAAAAUUUCAUUCAAAAUGUAGAAAUUUGCCUCACGUCAAAUAUUCUACAUUUUUUUUUCGAAAAAAAAAAAUCAAAAAAAAAUCAAAAAAAAAUUUCAUUCAAAAUGUAGAAAUUUGCCUCACAUCAAAAUUUCUACAUUUUUUUUUCGAAAAAAAAAUCAAAAAAAAAUUUCAUUCAAAAUGUAGAAAUUUGCCUCACGUCAAAAUUUCUACAUUUUUUUUCGAAAUUUUAUUUUUUUUAUUUUCGCAGCCGUAUAAAAUCCCAAUUUUUCCAGGAACAAGCCUCUGAAUUCUGUCAAUCGAAUAAUUUGCACUGUCUAAUUCGUGGUCGCCAACUUGUAGAUCAAGGUUUUUUGAACAAACCAAAAGAUGUGAUAACAAUCAUCUCAGCUGUCGCAUAUUUGGAUAAUUUUCGAAAUUUUGCAGCUGUUUUGAAGAUUCAAGGACCAAAAGGAACAAUUAUUCGAUAUAAAAUGGAAGAAGGCGAACAAUUAUCAUUAGAACUUGUGAAACCAGGAAUUGGUAGAAAUGUUGUCGCAUGA